GUUUAAACAAAAUGUACAACACAUGAAACAGACAGAUGUAACCAAAAGCUUAGCUACAGAUCAUCGCAGCCAUCGGCGGGUGAAAAUGAUGAAACGGAUAUAAAACGGAAAAAAAAAUCGGAAAAGGAAAGCCUGGAUUAAAACAAUAACAUAAUAAACUUUUGCUGCACUAAAAUGACUGACUCUAUGGUGUUUUCGCCCAUGGAUAGAUGUUUGAUGAACCCGUCUACAUAAACGUGGGGAUUACACAAGAAUUGUUCCAGUUUAUUUGCUUCCAGCUUUGCAAUAUUGACUCAUUAAUUGAGCGACAAGGAAUACAAUGCCCUUGGGCUGCUGAGAAACAAGACAAACAGACUUGUGGAUAAUAUAUAUAUAUUUUGCCUCAAAGGAAGAAGGGGAGAGAUUGCAAAUUUUCUUGCAUUAACUUUGGAUAUAACAUUCUCUCUCUGUCCCCCUACACCCCCCACGCUCCACUGUUUGGACUUGGAGGUUAAUAUUUGUUUAUUUUGGAACAGUCAUGAGCACGGCAAGAACGGAGACCCCAGUUAUCCUGGGUUUAGCCAAUCAGAACGGCCAGAUUCGGGGGCCUUUGAAGCCCGCUGGGGGCCCUGUGGGGGCGGGGGGAAGCCCCCAGCCUCAGCAGACCGGCCAACUGAACGCUUCCAGCGCGAUCAACAAUGGCGGAUCCCAACCCGUGCCCACAGCCAACACCAUCAAGGUUGGUGAUGACUGGAAGAAGAAUUUAAAACUUCCUGCGAAGGACAUGCGAAUGAAGACUUCGGAUGUGACAGCGACCAAGGGGAACGAGUUUGAGGACUACUGCCUGAAGCGGGAGUUGCUGAUGGGCAUCUUUGAGAUGGGCUGGGAGAAGCCCUCUCCCAUUCAGGAGGAGAGCAUUCCCAUUGCGUUGUCUGGAAGGGACAUUUUGGCCAGGGCCAAGAAUGGGACUGGCAAGAGUGGUGCCUACCUCAUUCCCUUACUUGAACGAAUUGACCUGAAGAAGGACUGCAUACAAGCCAUGGGCAUUGUGCCCACCAGAGAGCUGGCUCUACAGGUGAGCCAAAUCUGCAUCCAGGUCAGCAGGCACAUGGGCGGGGUCAAAGUCAUGGCAACCACCGGGGGGACCAACCUCCGGGAUGACAUCAUGAGGCUGGAUGAGACGGUGCAUGUUGUCAUCGCCACCCCUGGACGGAUCUUAGACCUCAUCAAAAAGGGCGUGGCCAAAGUCGAUAAAGUGCAGAUGAUUGUACUAGAUGAGGCCGAUAAGCUCCUGUCUCAGGACUUCCUGCAGAUGAUGGAGGAGAUCCUGAGCUUCAUGCCCAAGCACAGGCAGAUCCUGCUCUACUCGGCCACCUUUCCUCUCAGUGUGCAGAAGUUCAUGAACUCCCAUCUGCAGAAGCCCUACGAGAUAAACCUGAUGGAGGAGCUGACCCUGAAGGGCGUGACCCAGUAUUACGCCUACGUGACGGAGAGACAGAAGGUCCACUGCCUUAACACGCUCUUCUCCAGGCUCCAGAUUAAUCAGUCCAUCAUCUUCUGCAACUCCUCCCAACGUGUGGAACUGCUGGCCAAGAAGAUCUCCCAGCUGGGCUACUCCUGCUUCUACAUCCACGCCAAGAUGAGACAGGAGCAUCGUAACAGAGUGUUCCAUGACUUCAGAAACGGUCUCUGCCGGAAUCUGGUCAGCACCGAUCUCUUCACCAGAGGAAUUGACAUACAAGCUGUGAAUGUGGUCAUCAACUUCGACUUCCCCAAGCAGGGAGACACGUAUCUACAUCGCAUCGGUCGAUCUGGUCGCUUUGGACACCUGGGCCUGGCAAUUAACCUGAUCACCUACGACGACCGCUUCAACCUGAAGGGCAUCGAGGAGCAGCUGGGCACCGAGAUCAAGCCCAUCCCGGGAAGCAUCGACAAGAGCCUGUACGUGGCAGAGUACCACAGCGAGACCGGGGAGCUGCUCAAGCUGUGAGAGGAGGUCCUCACAGCAGAUUCACCCCCCUCCCACCCUUUUUCCCAUCCCCCUCUUUCUUGUGGAAGAUUUAUAUUUUUUUAAGAUAUACUUUCAGCCCGUCUUCCUCCCCAUUUUUUAGGAGCUUUUUUUCAGUGCCGCCAAAAAAGAAGCCGUGUGCUCGCACACGCGUGUGCCAGACGCCAGAAACACUCGCUCCUCCUGAAGACUCGCAAGCGGCACUUUCCGGAAGAGGAGCAGCGGGGCUCUGUCCAUCCGCCCCGCGUCGCGAUCGCCCCACAGCCAGCGGCCGGCGGCCCUCCCCUCCUCCCGUCCCCUCCUGCUCCCUCCCUCCUUCCCUCCCUCCCUCUCUCCCCAGCGUUCAGGCUUUCAUUUUGGGCUUUUAUGUGUCUGAAGUGCCUUAUGAAGCAGCAGGAACUUCAAAGUAAUA